AUGGACAAGCCGAACGAUAGAAUCUAUCUGCACGUCGACUACGAAGACGCCUAUGUGCAGCCAUUGGUUCUAGCGGCCAUAAAGUCUCGACUUCCGCCAGAGCUUCUGGUAUUCAUCCAAGAUAAAGAACCGGAACAGCCACUCUCAAAUGCCAAAUAUCUUCAGUGGCGACAAUACGAGCAAAUCGACUUUGAGCAUCUCCUGGACAAUCCCAGCACAUCUUUGGCAAACAGCUACAUCAUUCGCAAAGCUCUGAUACGCAAACAUUAUCUAUCAACCACCAUCUCGCAUUGGCUUACCAAGAAUCCGGACUCGAUACUGAAAGAUCAUGUAAAGCCUAGUGUGGAGUUCGAGGUCGAUUAUGCUGAGUUCCUGGACGAUGCUCUGGUGGAAGCGUGGGAGCUUAAGGAGUCUUGGGCCAGGAAUGCUGCGAUUGAUGACGAAGGGGCGGGCGAGCGUGGUAAGGGGAAGGAGUGGUGGAUCCUGAAGCCUGGCAUGAGUGAACGUGGGCAAGGCAUCAGGCUAUUCAGUUCCGAGGAAGAAUUGACUGCCAUCUUUGAGGAGUGGGACCCGCCUUCCGAUGAUGAGGACGAGGACGAGGGCGAUGAGGCUCAAGCCGACCAUUCAGGAGAUGAAGGCGGCGAAGACCGAGUUCCAAAGCCCACAGAUUACGAAGAUGACGGCAACAAUGGAAUAAUGACCUCUCAACUCCGUCAUUUCAUUGCUCAGCCCUACAUCCAUCCAUCACUCCUUCUACCCCCACCACAUUCUAGCGCGGACCGCAAGUUUCACAUCCGGACCUACGUCGUCGCAGUAGGUGCCCUCAAAGUCUACGUGUACAGACCCAUGCUAGCCCUCUUCGCAGGAAAGGACUACACGCCACCUGGUUCUGCAGCGAGUGGCGAAGAAGACUUAAGCAGACAUCUAACAAACACAUGUCUCCAAAGUGGCGAACGCGAAGGCUCGGUCGAAGCAUUUUGGGAUCUGCCGUCUACUCUCCCGAACCUCAACACCGCAGAGAAUACCUCUGACUGGCGCCAAGACGUGUUUGAACAGAUCUGCGCCGCGACAGCAGAAACGUUCGAGGCGGCCGCUAGAACCAUGUCAAUCCAUUUCCAGCCCUUGCCAAACAGUUUCGAGAUCUUCGGCCUGGAUUUCCUGGUAGAUGCACAAGGCACGGCGUGGUUGCUCGAAGUAAAUGCUUUCCCGGAUUUCAAGCAGACGGGCGAUGAGCUCAGUGGCUUAGUGGAAGGGCUGUUCGAGGGAGUCGUGGAUGUGGCUGUGCGACCUUUCUUUGGCGUCAAUGGUGUGGAGCAGGAUAGUACGGAGAUCAUCAAAGUUCUGGACGUAGACCUUGGUCGUAGAUGA